UGACAAUGUCUCCACAGUUUACUGCGCUGCACCUUCAAUAACUUAUUCCAUUGGGAAAGACAUAGAGCUGGAUCUGUGUAGUACGAAGAGAAAAAGCAAAACACACGCAGAAGAAACCCAGGAGUCAAGGAGAGAUAUGGCUUGGAUGUUAUACUUUACGACCUGUCUUCUAGUUGGGAUUUCUUCAUUUGUUUGCCCCGCACGGAUCUAUCCACCCAAUGAAGUAACGUUGCUGGAUUCCAGGUCAGUGCAGGGGGAGCUUGGAUGGGUAGCUAGCCCCACAGAAGGAGGAUGGGAGGAAGUAAGCAUUAUGGAUGAGAAAAACAUACCUAUUCGCACAUACCAGGUAUGCAACGUGAUGGAACAGAGUCAAAACAACUGGCUGCGGACUGAUUGGAUCCCCCGUGGGGGAGCCCAGCGAGUGUAUAUUGAAAUAAAGUUCACUCUCCGGGAUUGCAACAGCCUGCCCGGUGUCACCGGGACUUGCAAAGAGACAUUCAAUCUUUACUACUACGAGUCCAACAACGAUAAAGAGCGCUACAUCCGGGAGAACCAGUUUGGGAAGAUUGACACCAUCGCGGCUGACGAGAGUUUCACGCAGGUGGACAUCGGGGAUCGGAUCAUGAAGUUGAACACGGAGGUGCGGGGCGUGGGGCCAUUGACCAGGAAGGGUUUUUACUUGGCGUUUCAGGACGUGGGGGCUUGCAUCGCUCUGGUUUCGGUGCGCGUGUUUUACAAAAAGUGCCCCCUGACUGUGCGCAACCUGGCGCAGUUCCCCGACACCAUCACAGGGGCUGACACGUCAUCGCUAGUGGAAGUGCGGGGCUCCUGCGUCAACAACUCAGAGGAGAAAGAUGUGCCGAAAAUGUACUGUGGCGCGGACGGGGAGUGGCUGGUGCCCAUCGGUAAUUGCCUGUGCAACCCUGGCUACGAGGAACGCAGCGGAGAGUGUCAAGCUUGUAAAGUCGGUUAUUACAGAGCCCUGUCGACUGAUGCCAGCUGCUCCAAGUGUCCACAGCACAGCUACUAUGUCCGUGAAGGGUCUACGUCUUGCACUUGCGAUAAAGGAUACUUCAGAGCCGAAACCGAUCCUGCUUCUAUGCCUUGCACCAGGCCCCCUUCCUCCCCUCAGAACCUAAUCUCCAAUGUAAAUGAGACCUCUGUGAACCUGGAGUGGAGCGUGCCUCAAUACACAGGCGGCCGUCACGACAUCACCUACAAUGUGGUGUGCAAGCGUUGCGGUGUGGACCUGUCCCGCUGCCGGCCAUGCGGGAGCGGCAUCCACUUCAGCCCCCAGCAACUCGGCCUGAAGGGCACCAAGGUGUCCAUCACCGACCUCCAGGCCCACACCAACUACACCUUCGAGGUUUGGGCCGUGAAUGGAGUCUCCAAGCAGAGUCCCAGCAGUGACCAGGCCGUGUCCGUCACCGUGACAACCAACCAAGCAGCUCCUUCUCCUGUCACUUCCAUUCAGGCUAAAAGCAUCACAAAACACACAGUGUCCCUCAUCUGGCAGGAGCCCGAGAGACUGAACGGGGUCAUCCUGGAAUAUGAAGUCAAGUACUAUGAAAAGGAUCUAGAACUGAGCGUCGAUAGCCUAGUAUCGUAUCGGAUCAUAAAGACCUCAGCUCGGAACACCGACAUUAAAGGCCUCAACCCACUGACCUCAUACGUGUUCCACGUGCGCGCUAGAACAGCCGCUGGCUACGGGGACUUCAGCACACCUUUUGAGCUCAUGACAAACUCGGUUCCCUCUGCUAUUGUAGGGGAUGGGGCCAGCCCCACGGUGCUGCUGGUUUCAGUGGCUGGAAGCGCGGUCCUGGUGAUCAUCCUCAUCGCAGCCUUUGUCAUCAGCAGAAGGCGCAGCAAGUACAGCAAGGCAAAGCAAGAUGCAGAUGAAGAGAAACAUUUACACCAAGGUGUCCGAACAUAUGUAGAUCCCUUUACCUACGAAGACCCCAACCAGGCUGUCCACGAGUUUGCCAAAGAAAUUGACGCCUCCUGCAUUAAGAUUGAAAAAGUAAUUGGAGUCGGAGAAUUUGGAGAGGUGUGCAGUGGCCGCCUAAAAAUGGCAGGCAAGAGAGAGAUCUGUGUGGCUAUCAAGACCCUGAAGGCGGGCUACACCGAUAAGCAGAGGCGGGACUUCCUGAGUGAAGCGAGCAUCAUGGGACAGUUUGACCACCCGAACAUUAUCCAUCUGGAGGGAGUUGUAACGAAAUGUAAACCUGUAAUGAUCAUAACUGAAUACAUGGAGAACGGGUCCUUGGAUGCAUUCCUCAGGAAAAACGAUGGAAGGUUUACAGUGAUCCAGCUGGUUGGAAUCCUGCGUGGAAUAGCCUCCGGAAUGAAGUGUCUCUCUGACAUGAGUUACGUACAUCGGGAUUUGGCUGCAAGAAACAUUCUGGUUAACAGCAAUUUAGUGUGUAAAGUGUCAGACUUCGGCAUGUCCAGAGUGCUGGAAGAUGACCCAGAAGCAGCCUACACCACUCGGGGGGGUAAAAUCCCAAUCAGGUGGACGGCCCCUGAAGCAAUCGCCUAUCGGAAGUUCACCUCGGCAAGCGAUGUGUGGAGCUACGGAAUCGUCAUGUGGGAAGUGAUGUCAUAUGGAGAGAGGCCGUACUGGGAUAUGUCCAAUCAGGAUGUAAUUAAAGCGAUCGAGGAAGGCUACCGCUUGCCUCCACCCAUGGACUGCCCUGUCGCCCUGCACCAGCUGAUGCUCGACUGCUGGCAAAAGGAACGCAGCAACAGGCCCAAGUUCGGACAGAUAGUCAACAUGCUGGACAAACUGAUCCGCAACCCCAACAGCCUGAAGAGGACGGGAGCCGAGAAAACAAGGCCUAACACCACCCUUUUGGACCCCAGCAGUCCUGAAUUCUCCUCGUUGGGCACUGUAGGUGACUGGCUUCAGGCCAUCAAGAUGGAAAAAUAUAAAGAUAACUUCACAGCCGCCGGCUAUACCACUCUGGAAGCUGUGGUACUCGUGAACCAAGACGACCUUGACAGAAUCGGAAUUGCUACGGCUGCCCAUCAGAACAAGAUCCUGAGCAGCGUCCAGGGAAUGAGGACCCAGAUGCAACAAAUGCAAGACAGAAUGGUUCCUGUCUGAGCCACUACAAUAUAAACUCAAGACUCUAUAUACAAAAAAAAAGAAAUUAGUUUACCUCAUCCAUGCACUUUAAUUGAAAAAAAAAGAAAAUAAGAAAGGCACUUUUAUGACUUCAUCCUUGCCCUUUGAUAUACAGAUAUUUUUGUCUGCGGCAUUGCUUGAUGUUUGGAACUGAAGGGUCUACUGGGAGUGCCUGCAGCGUAAUGGUGGAAGCUGGAAGAUCAUUCAUGUAAUCCAUGUUGUCGUUGUGCUUUGUUGAAAAACCGUGAACCUUUUUUUUUUUUUUUUUUUUUUUUUUAGAUGUCUAUUUCUGAUUUGCUACCUUACAUUGUGUUCGGCUGAACCAUCGAACUCUGAACACUAUAAUGUUUGUGGGAUCAACCACAGAGAUACAGACUUGGGCUAGAAUGAAGCAUUUCCUUAGGAUAUUCUGAGAAGUCUUGGCCUUCUUGGCCUGAAGUAUGUUGCCAAUUCCCUACAGUGGAGCCUUUCUGUGUUGGAUUACCUUGGCUACUGGAAACUGCUUUUGUUUGUGUAUGUCCCUACAACCUUGCUGAAUGAACCCAGAGAGCUUUCUGGACUUCCAUUGACCAGACCUCAAGUCUAUGUAAACUGUGUUGUAUUUCUGCCUGUGAUUAGCAUUCUGCGACAAAACUUUUCUUCACCUGGGAAAUUCUGCUAAAUAUGGGGGCUGUUACAUGUUGGUGGGAAUGUCUUGCCUUUUACAUUUGAAAAACCAACCAGUGUCAUAAUCUUAAAAGAAGAACUACAGUAACCCAACUGCCUCAGCCCAUCAAUGUCAGAGUCCUUUUUUUCCAGAACAGAAAAAAAAGAAAGAAGUUAAAAAGCAUUUUGAACGCUCACAGGUCACUGCUCCACUUUACCCUAGAUCCUGUAACUGUGCUUGCAAGCUAGCAGCAAGAAUCCCCAAAGAGCCUCAAUUUAAUGUAAAAAAAGAAAAAAAAAAAAAAAAAAAAAAGGAUUUAAAAAUCAGCAACUGUUCUAGAAGAAAUCACCAGAUGAAUGUAAUAUAAAAGAGAACUAACCCAGCAGUCGCUCCUAAGAUUUCUUUUUCUUUUUUUCUUUUCUUUGCAUGUCACUUCUGCAUCGGUGUGUGUGUGACAGGCGUGUUCAGAGUGCUAUAGGUAUUAUUGAUAUACCAGGUUUAUUUAUUUAGAAAACAGAACCUGAAACAUUAGCUGUCACUUAAGCUGUAUAGGUACAGUACUCAAGUCGAUAUGUGCCAUUAUUAUAAUCGCAGGGAUAGCAGUCUUGAUUGUCAGAUAAGUACAGUGUCAUGAAGUGCUUUAACUGCCUUCAGAUUACCGUCAUUGAAAUGGGUGAAAACUGUUUUCAUGGACAGUUUAAAGACAGUAUUCUUUAAUCCAGGGUUAGCCUGCCUUAGGGCGGAGAAGUGGGGUAAUAAAACUUGAAUUUACACCAGAGCAAGAAGCAGAGCUCAGUAGAUAGAUAACUGUGAUCAAAUGGGCUGACUGCAAGAACCUGGCUAAAAAAGGGGGAAAAAAAAUAAUAAUGCAUUUUUGUUUCUGUUAUACCAAAUGUUGUUGAACAUGACCUACAUUAUAGUUUUUAUAAUAUUUUUAUUUUAUCACACAUUCUUCAAAGGCCUGUGUCCUGAAAGCCAAUUAACGAAAAAAUAAAUUGCUUCUGUUUUUUUUUUUUUUUUUUUUUUUGGAUCCCUUAAAAGGCCCUGAUAGGAAAAUGCAAGGACUGGGGGGGAGGGGAGACAAUAGAAUGUACUGUACGUGCAUUUUAAUUUAGUUUAUUAUGGAAAUCCUAACAUUUAUUUUUGUUCUUGUUGUUGUUUGAUGUAUUUGGAUGGCAUAUGAGCUAA